AUGGCCGACAUAUGCAAGAAGGAAAUUAAUGUCAAAGAACUGGAAGCUGAGUUACAGAAAAAAAUCGACGACGAUGCCCGAUACUGGAGGGAAAAUGAUGCGAAGUUCCGAGCUAUUGAUCAGAAAGUGGCUACAUACGAUGAAUUUAGGGACAUGGUAAAAGCAGCUCAUCUGCAGCCUGUGAAGAAGAGCGAGGUCCAACACAAUCCUGACAAAGCUAGGAAAAGAGUUUGGAAUACUGUUGCUCCAAAACAAAAGGAAAUUUCCCAGGAAAAUCACUGUCAGCAUGAACUGUAUAGAUUGGCCAAAUCGUCUGGCACAAUCAUUCCCACAACACUUGCACAGUUUUGCCAGGAAUGGAGAAGACUCCCCAAGACGGAACACCUCAGCUUUCUUAAGACAUUAGGAUCAUUAUCAUUGGCCAAGGUGUUACAGUCAGAGCUGCCAGCUGUUGAAUUUGGAGAAAUUAUUAUGGCACUUUCAGAGUACAGUACUGAAGAUGCCCCAUUUGUUGUCAGUCUGCUGAAAGUAUUUGCAUCUGCUAAACGGGAUACUGCAACCCUUCCCCUUCCAGGAGGCACGGAGAAGCCAUCUCGAGAAAGUGAGGUUUGGGGGAAAGGGCACAAUGCAGAGAUGAGGUAUGUGAUGCUGGGCUGUGGCAGAGAAGCUGAUGCAUCAGUUGUACUUACAAAGCAUCAUGAUAUAGUGAUGCUGAGGAGGUGUCAUGCCAUGCCCCUCAAGAAGGCUGGGCAUGCUUACUCUAUGAAGUGGAAAGAGCAGCAUUGGGCACAGCUGGAGAAGGAGGCUGGGCCAGCUAUCUAUGGAGACGACAUCCAAGGAGGAGCACUAUCAGGUGGAGACCAGUGGAUGGCAGUCAGCACUGUGCAGAGUCCUCUCCCUGAAAACAUUAAAGGAACCUGA